AUUUUACAUUUAAUGCUGUAGUGCUUGUUAUUUUAAACUAUUAUUUAUAUUUUGUAAGCGUCCCAGAAUAGAUUUGUCUCAUCAUUUAAUAUUUUCGCCAACCGAUUUUGUUACAUAAAUCGUGUACACUGUAUUGGUUUAUAAUUAUUCUCGUCAAAAUUUUUACACUUUAAAAUUUCUUAAAUUUUAGGAUACUGAGCUCCUGUUUCGAUUUCAGAGUUGUGGAUCUAAUUUACUUUCUGGGAUUGAGUUCAAGUAAAUGUAGUUGAGCUUUUUCAGCUUCAGCUUAUGUUGUUCCCCCCCAUAUUUUCUACCCUGUGAAUUGAUUACCUUUUGUCAUUUGACAUUAUUCAGUUGGUGACCAAACAAAUAACAGCAACACUAUCUGGGAUUUAACACAUGAUCAGGAUAUCUAUUUUGUUGGCAUCGUCUGUUUUUGCGGUAUCUGCGAUCACUCUCUUUUGUUUCUCGAAACUAUUUCAGAGGCCACGUAUUAAAAAAGUUUCACUUGUGUCAUCAGUGCCUCGUUCCGCAUUAACUGAUACGUUGUUGCCCAAGACAGUUGAAUUUGAUAAAGAAAACCUAACAUUUGAUUUCUGUGCAUGUAUCUGUAGACUGAUAAAUAUAUCCGAUUAUGAUACAAAUCAGAAGCUUAUCACCAGUCUUCACGAAGCUUCAUCGUUUCGUCAGAAUUUUGAUGUCAUUAGGGAUUCUAAGUGUCUAGAAUCCAUUCUAUCUCUUCUAGACUCUACUUCAGGUACUUUACCAGGACGCCAGCAGAACUUAAACAUUCUUCAAGUAGUAACAAACUUGGCUUGCGAUCAGAAAAGUUUUCCAGUUAUAAAGGAUUAUUUAGAUGAUAUUUUACUGAUAGCAGAUACAAUGGAAUACAGUGAUCAGACAUGCAGUGCUCUUCAGGUACUGGGUAACAUUGCAUUAACUCCAGAUGGAUGCGAAUUACUACGUAGUAAGUGUGGAUACCUCUGUAAAAUGUUGGGAAUUCGCGAUCCAUACGUUUUGCGAAACCUGCUGGUAGUUUUUGUGAAUUUAUCCUGUGAUACAGAUUGUUGUGAUGAACUUCUUACACAGGAUGCUGAAGAAUUUAUAUCGACUGUGGAGUAUUCAUUAUCUCCUUAUGCGCCUAAAUCAGUUUCUACAAAGAUGGCGGAUCUUCUCUAUAAUCUAUAUUAUCGACUGAUGAAGGGGCAAAGAGCUUCACACAAAUCGUCUAAUUUCCCAUUCUCUUCAAGGUCUAUAGCUAGUUCACUUAAGGAUAAUUACUUUUGUAUUAAAUCAUGGAUUAUAGUCUUGGCUUAUUCAUUGGAAAAUUCUAGUGAAUUCAAACCUCAUUUGCAAAAGGUUGUAUCUUUCUUGGAAGAAAAUGAAACAUCUCAACAAUAAAUUGUGUAACUUUGCUAUCAUACCAUACAUUUGUCAGAUAUUGAGCCACUUUCUAUGGCCAUUAUGUACAUUUUUAUUUUUCCUCAAAUAAACAUCAUUACUUCUCA